UGUGUCUCUGUGUGUUCAGACCAGAAGGUUCAGGCAGGUCUGAUGGAGUUCCUGUUGUUUGGGGCGUUGAUCUCUGCGGUGGACCCAGUGGCGGUGCUGGCCGUGUUCGAGGAGGUCCACGUCAACGAGACUCUCUUCAUCAUCGUCUUCGGAGAGUCCCUGCUCAACGACGCCGUCACCGUGGUGUUGUAUAAGGUGUACAUGUCCUUCGUGGAGGUGGGCCCUGAGAAUGUUCAGACAGCUGACUAUUUCAAAGGAGUGGCCUCAUUCCUCAUCGUCAGUAUUGGGGGGACCAUGGUGGGUCUGAUCUUUGCUGCUCUCCUAGCCUUCAUCACACGUUUCACCAAGAAGGUCCGCAUCAUUGAGCCUCUAUUGGUCUUCCUCAUGGUCUACCUGGCCUACCUCACCGCUGAGCUCUUCUCUCUGUCCGCCAUCUUGUCAAUGACGUUCUGUGGUAUCGGCUGUAACAAGUACGUGGAGGCCAACAUAUCCCAGAAAUCUCGUACCACGGUGAAGUACACGAUGAAAACCCUGGCCAGCAUCGCCGAAACCAUCAUCUUCAUCUUCCUGGGCAUCUCAGCCGUGGACAAAUCUAAGUGGGCCUGGGACACAGGACUCAUCUCCUGUACGCUCAUCUUCAUCUUCGUCUUCAGGGCCCUGGGUGUGGUCAUGCAGACCUGGGUGUUGAACUGGUUCCGCCUCGUCCCAUUGGACAAGAUCGACCAGGUGGUGAUGUCGUACGGUGGCCUGCGAGGGGCGGUGGCGUUUGCCUUGGUGGUGCUGCUGGACGCAGAACGGGUCCCGGCUAAAGACUACUUCGUGGCCACAACCAUCAUAGUGGUUUUCUUCACUGUGAUGUUCCAGGGUCUGACCAUCAAGCCUCUAGUGAACUGGCUCAAAGUACCUCGUGCCACCAACCGCAAGCCCACCAUCAACGAGGAGAUACACGAGCGUGCCUUUGACCAUUGUCUGACAGCAGUGGAAGACAUCGCUGGACUCAACGGUUACCACCACUGGAGAGACAAGUGGGAGCAGUUUGACAAGAACUACCUGAGCAAGCUGCUGCUGCGGAAGUCUGUGUACCGGAAGAGCGAGCUGUGGGAGGUCUAUCAGAAAAUCAAUAUUAGAGACGCCAUCAGUGUUAUAGACCAGGGUGGCAACGUGCUGACCUCUGCAAGGCUCUCUCUGCCCUCCAUGGCCUCCAGGGCAUCUUUCCCAGAGGUCACCAACGUCACCAACUACCUGAGAGAGAACGGUAGUGGGGUCUGUCUGGACCUCCAGGUGAUUGACAACGUGCCGGGAGCCAAGGUGGAGGAGGAGUCAGAAACGCAUCACUUCCUGGCUGGGAACCUGUACAAGCCCAGGAGACGGUACCAGUCCCACUACAGCAGACACUUCAUGACAGUGGGGGACCACGAGCGUCAGGACAGAGAGAUCUUCCAGAGAAAUAUGAAGAGCCGCAUGGAGACGUUCAAGACCACCCGACACAAACGCCACAGCCACAAGAAGGACCGCAGCCAGAAAAAGCGGAGAGGAUCAGACGUUAAAGAACAGGACCUCAACGACAAACCUCGACGGAACGUCAGCUGGCAGGACAAAGAUCCUGUGGUGGUGACAGUGGAGUCUGAGGAUGAGAAGGGGGAACACUUGGAGCCAGAGAAGGAGGAGGACGUUGGCAUCACCUUUGUGGCUCGAAAGGUUCCAGACACGCCCAAAGAACGACCCAAAUCUGUCCCGGCUGGUCUGGAGGUGUGUCAGAGCCCCUCCGUGGCCCCGCCCUCCCCCACCUGCAGUGAGAGGAACCUGCCCUGGAAGGGCGGUAUCGGAACCCUGCCGGUGUGUGUUUCCAUGGAGGCUACUAAAAUCAUCCCCAUAGACCUGCAGCAGGCGUGGAACCAGAGCAUCUCCUCCUUAGAGAGCCUGGCCUCUCCGCCGGGCCCCGUAGAGCCCUUACACCCCCGCGUCAGCGCCCUCUCCAGGCUGGGAGGGCAACGUCCUGUCUCAUACUCUGGUAGUGGAGUUAGUGGCUCUGGUUUUGGAUCCAGAGGGGCUGGGUCAAUAGUGGCUCAGGGCAUCGCUCGGUUUGAGUUCCCUCCAGGAGGAGAGGAGAAGGAGGAGGAAGAGGGAGCCUUGUCUGAUCAGGAGCAGGAGCUGCAGCCCCUCGUGUCAUCCUCUGUGAGGCCCCCAGGCCCCCCGCCCCCUCCCCCCCUGGCCCAGGGUCUAGGGCGGAGGAGGAACCCCUGUGUGUACCUGAGGAGCCUGGUCACAGCGCCCCCUCCUGGCAGUGAGCCGCUGGCACGCAGCAGAGGGCCCACUCAGCUUUAAUAGCUCCAACCACAUCUCUGGUGUUGCCCCGGCGACCCAGAUCUAGGAUCAGCUUACUCAACCAAGUCCCUAACCAAUACCUACUAGGGAGAACAACACAAGACUGAUUUCAAAUCAGCUUUUAUGGGCAAUCACGUCCCUCACUGCCUCACACACUCAACAACAGAACAGUCACCCAACCACACACACCAGCUCAGGCCGUCCAACCCCCUCAGCUCUGCUACUUCUCCUUCCAGACGACGAGUCUUCAUCUCCUUCAAUAACUCUGGAUCCACUGUCUCUAUAGAUUCAGACAUACAUUACAAACACACACACACACACACACACACACAGGAUAUUGGACUAGUACAGCGAUGAUGAUAUUGAGGAAGUAUAGUGAGCAUCCCAUAAUGAGCACCCUAUUCCCUAUAUAGUGCACUACUUUUGACCAGGGCCCCAAUAGGGAAAAGGGUGCCAUUUGGGACGAAGGCUAAGAGUUUUGAUGUGGCAGCUGGUACAGUCACAGAUAGACAGACACAGUGCAUUGUGGUCCAGGGUUGGGGCCGUCCGUCCAUGUGGUAAAACAAUACCAGUUUCCAGAGAGAGUGUUGUUGAUUGAUGACCAGAUCCUGGUCCCUGAUUGGUUCUAUCCCUCCCAGGUCCCUGCAGGGGUCGAGGUUCUGCCCUGUCUGUUUCAUACACUUGAAUAUAAGUCAAUGUCAAGAUGUAAGCCUUAUUUGGGAAAUAUAUCUGUCCACAGCCGGACGGCCGCAUUACCCAGGCCUUAUGGGGUGUGUCCAUCUAACAUCAAACGCUCCAUUCAACCCCCAGUACUCUCCUCUCCCUCUCCUCUCCUCUCCUCUUCCUCUCCUCUCCUCUCCUCUCCUCUCCUCUCCUCUCCUCU